UCCUGAAAAGUUGUUGGAGUUUUUGUUUCCGUUCUUUUCAGAGUUCCACUCAAGUUUUGUAGGAUGGAAACAGCCACCAGAGGGAAAGAACGUGGCAGGAGCGUGGGUAAGAGGAGAUGGAAGGAGGCGAGCUCGAAGAAGGGUCGGGUAGCGGGAACAGCUGGUGUCCUUGGCGGUGGAAGAGGCACGGACGCCGGCCGCGAGUGGAGUGGUGGUGGUGGUCCGGACGGGGACGUUGCAGGCCAGUUGGCCACAAAAAUAGCCGGCCUACCCUCGAGGAUAGCUGAUGCUGUAGUGAGUGAUGACUGGGAGGCAGAGCUUCAAGAAGUAACUCCACCAAUCAGUGACAAGAGGGCAGACCUUCAGAAAGUGUCUUCACCAAUCACAGACAAGGGAGCGGAGCUUCAAGAAACACCUCUAACAAGUGACAAGACAGAGGUUAAACAAGAUAAACCGCAGCCAAGAGUCUCCCAUAGCGUCAAGCUUACCCGACGCAAGCAGAAGAAAACAGUGAAAACAGAAAAGCCUAAAAGCACCCAGACUAUCCUUGUAGAUGAACAAAAGAAAACAGGUAAAACAGAAAAAGUCAAAAGUGCAGUUGCAGCCACCACAAAAAAGGAGAGGCUGCGGCUACAGACGGACCCCACCGACGAAAACCGAAACAUGAUACAAGCUGAGAAGGUGCAUUCAGAGGACACACGAAUUACAAGCAAGAAGCAGACAGUCAGCCCAGCCGACAGUGUCCUGGACAGGAUACUAUCCCCCAAGCCCAAAGCAAAAUCUUCAGAUAGAACCAAGAUAUCUUUCAAGCUUACACCAAUAAAACAAGAAGAAAUCAAGAAGGACAUUUCAAAGUUUAACUGGUGGAGCGACAAAGAUACCGACAAGGAGGACAGAGAGAGUGGUAGCAGUACAGAGGAGAAGUCACCAGUGGAUACCAAGCAGAUUGCUAAGAAAGAACAGGAUCUGGAAAGUCCAUCUUCGUCCCAAGUGUCCGUUAAGAGGAAGGAGCAGGAGGAUCGCACACAGAUGCCUCCUCCCCCUCUCCCCGACACUCCUGUAUCUUGUCAGGGGAAGAGGAAGAAACCAAAAAGGAAAGCCACACCUAUGCCUCCUAGAACCCUGGGCUUCAAGACACACUUAGAGGAUGACUUAGAGGCAACAACAAGAAGUGUCAGUGCGCCAAGUAGUAGGAUGCCCUCGCGGGACCCCUCCCCUAGCCUUCUGAGACGUCCAUCCGAGGAGUUCCAGCCCCCUUUUCCAGUAAGCCCCUUCUCGGAGGACUACAGGAAAGAGUGCUUUGAAGACAGCGGGUCCGAGACGUCAUCUUUGGAGCAUAACCUUAGCCUGGCGUCACAAGAGGAGCUGGAGGUCGGACGGUACGGUGACGAUGAAGAAGAAGCCAACUCCGACCUACACUCAGAGGAUCGUGGCCCAAACGGUGGCAGCGUACGGAGCAGUAGCUUUCCGCCAAAGUUGUUGCCCGUAUUUCGCGGUGACAUCAGCCCAGCCCAAGUCCAGGGCUCAAGCUUUCCUCUGAGAGAUCCCCCAGGAUUGCUCAGCGAGCAGUCCACAUCUCUGCAGUUGCCGGCUCGUGAUGACGGCAUACAGAGCCACGAGACAGCUCACCUCCCUCCAAACAUGAUGCAGAAAGCCCAGGAGCUCCACAGACAGUCUGUCCACUUCCAGCACCUGUCCCAGCACCACUACAACUUUGCCGUGCAUCUGCUCCACAGGUCUCUGAUGCUGAACGACCAGUACCUAAACAUCGUGGGUGGCAGUGUGAACAGCCCCCCUCCCCAUCCACUCUCACCUGCGCAGCCAGGCACCUAUGGACCAGUGUUCCCCUUUCCCCCUCCCCCCCAGGCAGAGUUCUCGCCUCAGUACCCUCCCCCGGUGCCCCCGCACCCUUCUGUGGCGCUACAGGGUGUAGGACAGAGUCCUGGCUUCUUUCGAGAAAACUCUUCACCGUUUGGGUCAUACGACGCACCAGCAGAACACCACGGGAAUCAUUGGUAUUCUCCACAUUCAUCAGAAUCCGCCCAGCAGGGGAAGAGCACAACACUUCUGCCUCCAGGACAUUUCCAAAUCCCGCCACAAAUGUGGAAGAAAGCGGCAAGCGCCGAAGGGGGCGUGGCGGGGAAGUAUGUCAUACCAGCUUACCGUUCGGGAAUUGCGAAAUGGAAGGUCGAACAGGAUACCUCCGACGAAACCUCGAGCAGCGUCACCUCUCCGCCGUACAAAAGAAAGAUGGUGGUGAGCUGGCCGUCCUUGCUAGAGGUGUCGUACGUCUGGCAGGUCGGCGUGAAAGACGCGGGUUACGUCGACUCCCACUGCCACAUAGACUAUCUGUUCGAAAGGAUGUCGUUCCGAGAAUCCUUCCAAGCGUUCAUGAGCAAGGCGAACUUUCCAGCCAGCUUUGAGGGCUGCGUGGCCGUGUUCUGCGAUCCUAAGUCGUGGGUGCCGGACGGUUUCUGGAGAAGACUGCUCCAGGAGAAUGAUAACGUUUGGGGUGCGUUUGGAUGCCAUCCCCACAGUGCUAAGCUGUACAACAUGGUCAAUGAGCAGAACCUACUGAACUGCUUGAAGCACGAGAAGGCGAUAGCGUUUGGGGAGAUCGGACUGGACAAUUCCAAGGACUUUUCUCCGCCCAGCAUUCAGAAAGAGGUGUUCAUAAGACAGCUGCACCUUGCAAUGCAGGUAAAGAAGCCGCUGGUGCUCCACUGUCGCCAGGCAGAUGACGAGAUGUUUGAGAUUAUGCAGGACCUGGUGCCGCGCGAUUACAUCAUCCAUCGCCACUGCUUCACUGAGAGCUUCGCCGUCGCCCAGAGGUGGAUGGAAGAGUACCCCAACAUGUACCUGGGCAUCACUGCGCUCGUGACCUUCCCGACCACGCGAGCGCUUCAGGAUGCCGUGCGACGUAUCCCACUUGACAGGCUCCUUCUGGAGACAGACGCCCCCUACUUUGUACCUAGGCAGAUUCCUCAAGGCAAGGUCGCCUGCUCCCACCCAGCCAUGGCGGUGUGCGUUGCAGAGAAGAUAGCUGAACUGAAGGCCAUUCCGUUGAGCGAGGUUCUCAUGCAAGUCCGAGAAAACACCCGAACUGUGUACGGCAUCUAGUAUAGUUGCUCUUGGCACAAACACGAUAUUGUUUUACGCUGUGGUUGGCAGGGAAAAUAAGUAUUGGCAUAGUUUUCGUACAGAGCGCUCUAAGAUAUAUCUAUUGAUGUUCCACUUUCUGUGUGAUGCAUGAAGAUAUCCUUAAGAGUAGUUAAGGUUAAAGCCAUACACCUGAAGUGCUAUGAAAGAGUUUGAAUGGAACCAAAGAAGAGUUAUUCCUGGUGUUGAAAUGACUGCUCACCAUGGACAUUGUUGAUGAAGACAGCUGACAGAAAGUACAUGUAGUUGACACAAACACUUGCUGUUAAAAGUACAUAUAUGUAGAUCACAGUACAUGUAUGUCGAUCACAAUACAUGACAUAUAGUGGACAGUACAUAUGAUGUAGUUUGUAGACAUGUAUGCAGUUAACAGUACAUAUGUGUAUGUAGAUCACAGUACAUGUAUCUUCUUGACAGUACAUAAUAUGUAGUUGAUAGUACAUAUAUGCAGUUAACAGUACAUGUAUGUAGUGGGCGGUACAUGUAUGUAGUUGACAGUACAUAUACAUGUAGGUAGUUGGCAGUAUGUAUGCUGCAAACAUGGUCAUGUGUAACUGAUCAUGAAGUUGCUGUCUUUGAUAAGCAAGGGUGUUAUAUUGUCUACCUCAACAUAGUAAUGCACAUACAUGUAUGGCAAUCAUGAAGUUUACAGAACAAUUCCAGUCAAAUGUAGGAAACAGAAUUCAAGAUUCUCUUUUGGGAUUAGAAAUUUAAGUUUGUCUUUUUUUCAACAACUUUUUUUAACGAUGAGUUAUCUUCUGAAAUUGUGGGAGAUUUUUUGUUGUAAAGUAAUGAUAAGUAAAAAAAUAAGCCAAGAAGGUCUCCAAUGAAAUUUGUUUGGCCUGGGCUGUUCAGUAAAACUCAUCGACGAAUAAAGAAAAAAGACAAAUGAAUAUGUGAAGUUGCCAUUAGUACAAUAAGUUAAAACUCCUUGCUGUUGUUUGGUUGGACAUUAGAAUGUGUUGUAUGGAUGCACCCUUUGAAGCUGUAAGGUCAAAAAUGGAAGUGUUUGUUGUCCUGAUGUUACACAAUUACCUUUAAAAUACACUGUUCUGAUUAUAAGGCAAGGCA